AUGGCGAUGUCCUGUCAGCUUAUGCAUCCAGCUGGCCUCUACACCUCGACAUCUGCUAUGCCUCCUUGCCCUGUCUCGUUGUCAACCUACGGUCCUGUGGAUGUUGACGGACAGACACGCUCUUCCAUGUCGGCCGCGGAUAUUUGGUGUCAACCGAGAGUAUCGGUCGGAGGAAUGCCCUGUCCUGACGGUCUUCCAAUCUGUUGGGGCGGCCCAAUUCCUUGGCAAGCCUUCUACUCACUUCCCGGACUGCCUCUGUUGCCAACUGACACAACCGGGGCUCUCCAAAGAGGAGGUCCGCUGGCAGUGGAAUUGAGUCCCAACAACACAAGAAGUCUUCUGGCUGGCUGCGUAACGGGAAAUGGAACAAUUGAACAAGCAGGACAGGGAGGAUCAGGAGGACCGAUGAUGGGAGAAUCGCUCGAGUUCGUUGGAGGUGCCAUGAGUAGGGGCUCGGGAAGAAAAUCCUCCGGGGAAGCUGAAGAAUUGGGCACCACAUGUCUGGCCGGCAUGACGCGUGCCUCAGGCGACAGUCUAGACGCCUACGAGCACACCUUUCCUGACAGUUCGACAUUUCAACAACAGGUUUGA